UCUUAUUCAGAAAAUUUAUCACCCAAAAACACACACACGCACAGGCACAGACACUGUUGGUGGUUUGAUCAUCAGGUGAUGGGUUCGGAGACGUUCCUUGAAGUGAUUCUGGCAAUACUGUUGCCCCCUGUCGGUGUCUUCCUCAGAUAUGGCUGUGGGGUGGAGUUCUGGAUUGAUUUAUUGCUGACGAUCUUGGGGUACAUACCCGGGAUUAUAUACGCCUUAUAUGUCUUAGUUGUAUAAUGAGGACUUUUUAAUUUUAAUUUCUUGUUUUUGGUGGUGGUGUCGUUGGAUUUAUGUAUAAUGAGGACUUUUUAAUAUAUUUUCUGUAUAUAUACUCUCUUCUAUUUC